AGCGAUUUUCAAUAGACUGCACGGCUCCAAUUAAAUAUUUAGCAUGAUGUGGUUUUAAUUCCGAAAGACGAAGAUUGACAUCUGAAAUAUCACCUCUCAUCUGCAGUUCCUUCAAAAUACGAUUCAAACCAGUUAUAGUUAUGUCCAAGCUGCAUCGCAAAGUCACAGUGGAUAAUUCAAAAUCUGUACGAGACUCUUCUACGGGCUCCAGGCGUAGACAGAGUGUAUUUGAUCGUCUUGGUCCUGGUGGGGGCAGAGAGAGGUUGAGUACAGAAAGACCAGAAACUUGUCGUAAUUGGCUGAGAGAUCGUCGUUGUCCUUAUGGAAACCAGUGUCUAUUUCAGCACAGUUUGUCAUCCACAAGAGACAAACGAGUACGGGGAGAAAGAUCACCAGAUUCAAGACGAGAUAAAUUGCAUGUUGAAGAUUUGAGAUAUAAGCAAGAAAAAUCUCGACACCGUAGCAGCCACAAAGACAAAGAUGUAGGAGAAUCUUCCAAGAGUAGAAGCUGUGACAUCAGUCCGCAUAUGUUGAUUAGAAAAAAUAGAUCUCCUGAUAGUGACACACCACCACCAGAUUGGGACAAUCCUGUAGAAUUACCUGAAACAGAUGACUGGGAAGGCAAUGAAGGCCUUCUUGACUUUGAGAGAGAGUUAACUCUAGAGAUGAGAAGACAACAAUUACAGAGAGAGUUGGAAUUGGAAAUAGAAAAAGAAAAAAGGGAAAAGGAGAAUGAAAGUGUCGUUAUUGAAAAACAGAUGAUGUCAGAUGAGAGUCCUCCUGCUAGACGUAAAAGACCACCUUAUUCUCCAAGUCCUCCUCCAUGUAAAAAUCGUGAUAAACACAAAGAACGUCAUACUCUGCCUGAUUUAUUGAGAGAGAGUAAAGGACUUCGUACUCCAUCCAAAGAGGCCUCUCACAAUAAGAAAGGAGGGGCAACCUCUCACUUCAUCAUGGAUUCACCACCAUCUAAAUGUCGCUAUAAGUCUCCAGUACUGCGUAAAGGUCCUCAUACACCAAGUCCACCACACCCAGAAGAAUCUAUACAUAUCAAAAAGAAGAAAAAGAAAGUCCCUGGAUUGAAAAACAAAGAAACAAGCAAGAAAAACAAAACAAAGAACUUGCCUGUAAUAGAAAGUCAGGAAAUACAUCAAAAGAAGAAAUAUCGAUCACCAACACCACCACCACCACCACCACCCAAACUAAAAGUGAAACGUAAAGUACAUUCUCCAUCACCAUCAACAUCUGCUAAUUCCCAGAGAUCAUACUCGCCAAGACAAAGAUCUUUAUCACCGAGAAGACGAUCUCCAGUUGCUCGUAAAAAGAAAUCUCCAUUAUUGAAGAAAUAUUCUGCUGAAAAGCACUGCUCACCAAAACGAGUUGAAAAAGAGAGAAAAUUGUCACCUUUCCCAGAAAAAGUGAAGAAAAAGACUAGCAGACCGAAUUCCCAUGAUUCUAGAAGUCGAGAUAAAAGCCAAGAAUGUGUAAAACGUUACAAAGAAGAUAAAGUAGUUGAUAGAGUGGAGAGAAAAGGGGAAAAGUACAGAGAAGAAGCCCUGAUCCGAAAAGAAAGGGAAUCUAGAAGAGAUGAAUGGGAAAGAAAACAAGAAGACAUUACCAGGCAAGAAAGACAACAUGAAAGACAAAUGGAAUUACCCAGAAGAAAGUUGAGGGAAGAAAGAAUGAGAGAGGAAAGAAUCUCUCCAUUUGGGGGAAGACGAAGUCACAGGGAGUCACCAGCUAGUCAGAGUACGAGUAGUCUUGAAGGAGAUCACAGAGAACCAAAGAUGGCAAGUAAAAUAAUUCCUACGCCAAUCAAAAGAAGACGCUAUCCACCUGACCUAAGAGAUAAUCGAUAUCCUCCAGAUCACUUGAGAGAUGAACUCAGGGAAAGCAGAUAUCCACCAAGAAAAUACUAUGAUGGUGAACGUGGUUUCAAAAGUAAAAUUCCUGAGAGACCAGGAUAUAGAGGAUAUGUUCCUGGUGGGAAUGAUAGAGGGCUUGAAAGAGGGAAGAUUAGACCACCAUAUGGAAAGUUUGAAUCCGAGAGAGACAUCAAGCAUAGUACUCAUUUCAAAGGACAAACUUUUAAACGAAAACAUUCUGAUCUUGAGGAUCUGUCUGGCAGUGAAUCACCAUUUAGAAAAAGAAGACGGAGUGGAGAACGUCGAGAAAGUCCUCAAAUCACAAGUGAAGUGCCCAGGAUUGCAAGACUGGGAAGAACUUCAAUGGAAAACAGUCCUGCAGCCAGACGACGAGAAGAAAAAGAAGAAAGACAUAUAGAAAAGGAGAAAACCUCAGAGACUGUAGAGGAACGAUUGCCCGCAGAGGAGGUGUUUAGUGAUUGGUCAAAUGCAAGUGAAGAUUCUUUGAUUGAAGCUAGCAGUGCCAAGAGUAGAAGUAAUAGUGCAGAACAAGAUGACAUGACAGAUCAUAAACAAACUGAAGAGAGUAAACUAAAAUUAGAAACAGAGAGACUUAGUAGUAGAAACUCCUCUCGGACCAACAGUAAAGAAAGACUUGGACAAGAGCAUAAUAGGGAAAAGGAUAGUGUAAAGGACAAUGACCAGGAAAAGGAUAGGGAAACUAAAAAGAUUUUUGAAAGUUUUAUUGAGCAGGAAAGAAUUCUAAGAGGACGCAGUCCUAGCAUUGGCAGUACAUCAAGCAGACAUAGUUCAGUGGGAUCUGAGUACAAACGAUGGGAAGGUAGGACUCAUAGGGAUAGUGAUAGGUCUGAUAAAAAAGAAGACAUGGGAAGGGGACGAGAAAGUGAUCGAGAAGGAGAUAUAGAAAAAAUUAAAUCUAAAUUAGAGGUAUCUGGCAGGGAAAGGACUAAUAGUAAAUCAGAAGGAAUGGAAGUAAUUUCACGCACUUCAGAAUGUGGUGCAAAAGAUAAUUCAUUGAACACUGAUAAUGUGGGACUAGAAAAAAGGGAAAUUGUAGUAGAAAGUGAAUCUGUUUCAAACAAAAGCCCGGGGGAGGUUGCUGAAUUACUCAUAGAGAAUGAUUAUGAAGAGAUUAGUGAUGACGAGUUUGAUGCCAUGAUUGAGGACGACUCAAAUAGAGAGAAGUCAGAAGAACAAUCCAGCCAGAUAGAAACUGUGGAUGUUUUAGACGUUGAUUUUGCCAGUUUAAUAAAGGAUUCUGAGUGUCAGUCUCAAGAACCUGGCACAGCAUUAAAGAGAUUCUCACCUGGUAAUGUAUUGACAACAAUUGGAGUAUCUAAAGUUUUGGCUGGACCUCAAAUCAUUGCUGAAAUUCAUGAAGUCUGUCUAAAAUCAUUGCCAGAGGAGCGUCUUGGUUCCAAGUUGAAGUUGUUUGAAAGCGAUUUAGGUGCUUUAAAUGCUACGUCAAUGAAAAGACAGAAACAAAGAGCUAGGCUGUUCACUGAUAUAGGACCAUGUAGACAUGCUUUGUGUGCCAGGAGGGAUAUGGCUAUCAGAAAACAACUGCGCAAAUCUGAUAAGGUGAGAAUUGUUAUCAAUAUCAAUGUGAUAUGCUAUAUUGAUACAAAGUGAGACAUUCAUUUCUGUA